AUGCGUGCGACGUCGCGGCUUUUCGCGAGUGUUAAAUCAGCCUCGAAAUAUCUCGAACCCAAUACGCCCACAGGCCUUACAGGUCUUACAACACAUCCAUCCCCUCGUCCUGCCCUCAUCUACACCUACCGGCAAACCCUCAAUAAACUCGCCCAACUGCCUAGAAGCUCCGUCUAUCGCCAAUCAACCGAGGCUCUCACAAAACAGCGCCUGCAGAUCAUCGAGUCGGUAAAACCAGAAGGAUAUGAGCAAUGGCUGGAACGGGUACGCAAGCAGAUCGAAGCCAGUCCCACGGCUUUCAGUAAGCUGCUGAAUGAAGACGGCUCGUUGAGUAGCGAGAAGCUGCAUGUGGAAGCAGUGGACAAUUGGGACGGCAAGAUCACGAGAGGGGAUGCCAAUUAUGAGGGACCAAACACGAUGGCCCAGGCAGAGGCAAAAGCAAGGGCUGUAAGCGACGAGGUGCGAGAAAAAGAGCUUGAAGACAAGGAAGGGAUCCCGCCGACUGUCGAGGAUCUGGAGGUGGAACCGCCGUUGACGAGGGAUCAGAUUGAGGGCAUCGAGCAAAAGAUUGGUGCUGGCUUGAUCGAAGAAGUCAUCCAAGUUGCCGAGGGAGAGCUAGAACUUGUCGCCGAGAUGCUACGAUAUCAAGUAUGGGAAGAUCUGGAAGAAAAGACUCCCUCCGGCCAGUGGGAGUACUUUGAACGUGGCCACAGAGUCUAG